AUGGAUAAAUGCGUCAACGUCGUUCAGGCUCUCAUCACCUCGGACGAUGAGCUUGUGAGCACAGUGAUUGGACUUGAAUGUUUGGUCCUCCAAGGAAUAUUCCACAUUAAUGCUGGAAAUCCGCGACGUGCCUGGUUGACAUUUAGGAGAGCUUUGAGUAUCGGACAAUUGAUGGGCAUCAACAAGCGAGAGUGCAGCAUUAAAGGUGGCCCAGAUAUGUGGUAUCAAAUAGUUCAAGCUGACAGGUAUUUGGCUCUGCUGCUUGGCCUCCCGGCUGGAUCAGAGGACGUGAGCUUCAGUGCCGAAGAAACCUUUGAAAAUCCAGACGUCGACAAAGAACGGCUCUUUCUCAGGAAACUCUGCAAUUUAUCAGGUCGCAUCAUCGAGCGGAACCAGUCUGAGAAUUCGAACGCAUACGCCAACACGCAGGAAAUUGAUGAAGCUCUAGAAAAGCUCGCGAAAUCCGUCCCGCCUGAAUAUUGGGAUAUCCCAGAUGUCAUCCCCAACGACCAUUCUAAACAGGCAGCAAUGAUUUUUGAUCGCGUCAUGACCCAAAUAUGGUUCUUUCAAAUCGAGGCGCUGACGCAUCUACCCUUCAUGCUUCGCGCUUCCAAUGAGAGACGCUUCGAUUAUAGCAAAUUCAGUUGCCUGAAAGCUUCGAGAGAGAUGAUGGCAAGGUAUUUAGCCUUGAGGAAAGCGGAAAGUAAAUCGUUCUGCUGCAAGGUCGUCGAUUUCGGCGCACUGACUGCUUGUGUAACGCUUUUUCUUGGGCUUCUGGAUCCCGUCAGCGGCACCGAAAGUCAUUCAGAGAGGCAACAAAGAGAAAACGACAAAGCCUUAGUGCAGACGGUCUUAGAGUCUAUGGAAGAGCUAGCGGAGAGAGGCAAAGAUAUUGUCGCAACUCAGAGCGUGAAUGUGAUCAAGUCACUUCUAGCAGUUGAUGAUGCUUCAGGAACUAACACGGGCAACCUCAAACUCACUAUACCGUAUUUUGGAACCAUCAGUAUAGUCCGACCUUCACGUGCACCUGAUCCCACAACGAAGCCUCCAUCUAUUCCGCAGCAGCAACCACAGCGGCCGCAAAAACAGCAGCAGCAGCAACAGCAACAACCACUUGGCCCACAUUUAAUGUCUCAGACCUGGGGAAGUUAUUCCCUUCCACCGGAAUCACCUAGCCAGAAUUCGAUAAAUCCUCCCAUGGUCUCUUUCCAGAGCUCACAGUUUCCACCAGUUCUGCCAGAUGCUCAGUCCAUCUAUGACUGGGCUUUACCUGAAGCAGAUACGUUAUUCUUCGACAGUUUGCUCAAUACUGAUAUUGAAGGCAACUGGAUCUUUUGA